GAUUGUGUUCUACCAACUUCUGGCAUGGACAGCUGAGGAAUAUAAAGCCCGAUGGUGACAAAGGGUGAUAAUCUCCUGUUUUUCACUAUUUAUCUCACCAGUCUCGGACCUAGCAAUGGAUAUUCUUUGUGAUGAGAGCUCUGUGAAUCCAACUGCAAACUCCUUAAUGCAACUAAAUCUUGAGAGAAGACUCUACAAAGCUGUUAACGGACCUGCAGAGAUUAAUAUUUCACAUCCCUUUAACUUGAGUGGGGACUCUGAAAACCUGACUAAUCUUUCAUGUGAAGAUAGCAUGAGUCCACGGUGCUAUUCUUCCCUGUUUCAGCUUUCGGAGAAAAACUGGCCAGCUUUGCUGACAGUGAUAGUGAUCGUUUUAACCAUUGCUGGAAAUAUUCUUGUCAUCAUGGCUGUGUCACUGGAGAAAAAGCUGCAGAACGCCACUAACUAUUUUCUCAUGUCACUGGCAAUAGCUGACAUGCUGCUGGGUUUCCUUGUCAUGCCUGUGUCAAUGCUAACCAUCCUGUACGGAUAUACCUGGCCUCUACCUACCAAGCUCUGUGCUGUUUGGAUCUAUUUGGAUGUGCUCUUCUCCACUGCGUCCAUCAUGCAUCUCUGUGCCAUCUCACUGGAUCGCUACAUUGCCAUCCGAAACCCCAUCCAUCACAGCCGCUUUAACUCAAGGACCAAGGCUUUCGCAAAAAUAAUUGCUGUUUGGACCAUAUCAGUUGGUGUCUCCAUGCCUGUACCUGUCUUCGGCCUACAAGAUGAUUCCAAAGUGUUUAAGAACGGCAGCUGCCUACUUGCAGACGAGAAUUUUGUUCUAAUAGGCUCUUUUGUGGCAUUCUUCAUACCUCUAACCAUCAUGGUAGUCACCUAUUUUUUAACUAUCAAGUCACUGCAGAAGGAGGCUACCUUAUGUGUGAAUGACCUCGGCGCAAAGACCAAGUUUACUUCAUUCAGCUUCCUCCCUCAGAGUUCCCUGUCUUCAGAGAAACUCUUCCAGCGGUCUCUGAACAGAGAUGUGGGGAUUUCUGGCAGGAGAACAAUGCAAUCCAUCAGCAACGAGCAGAAGGCUUCCAAGGUUCUUGGUAUCGUCUUCUUUCUGUUUGUUGUGAUGUGGUGCCCAUUUUUCAUCACCAAUGUGAUGGAUGUAAUUUGCAAGGAGUCAUGCAAUGAAGAAGUCAUUGGAGGACUACUUAAUGUGUUUGUCUGGAUUGGCUACCUUUCUUCGGCUGUCAACCCACUCGUGUACACACUGUUCAAUAAAACCUACCGCUCAGCUUUCUCUCGUUACAUUCAGUGUCGCUACAAGGAGGAGAAGAAACCUUUCCAGUUGAUCUUGGUGAACACUAUCCCAGCACUUGCAUAUAAUUCCAGCCAGCUCCAGCUAGCACAGAUGAAGAGCUUGAAAAAGGAGGCAAAGAUGAUGGCUAAGGAUUAUUCGACGGUUACAAUCGGAAUUCGUCACUUAGAUGGUACCUCAAAGGGAAGCACCAGCCCAGGGAAUGAAAAGGUUAGCUGUGUGUGACUCUGCUAGCCUGGUGGCAGCUGCCAAGACAAACCAGAGUGUCUGUGCUGAAAA